AUGCUGUUGAGAUUACAACCAUAUUGUUUUAAUUUAAGCUAUACACCGGGAAAACAGAUGCACAUAGCUGAUACCCUCUCUAGGGAUGUUAUACAUGAGGAGCAUAAUAAUGAGAUGAAUGACUUAGAAGAGGAAAUAGAAUUACAGAUUGCUUUAUUGAUCAAUGAGUUACCAAUGAAUAAGGAAGACUGGAAGUUAUUUUAUGAGGAGUCGAGAAAGGAUAGGACGAUACAAUACUUAAAGACUUAUAUAAAAGAGGGAUGGCCAAAAUAUUACAAGGAUAUAGUGGAGGAAUGUAAACCCUUUGCGGAAUUUAAAGAUGAAAUGAAUGAAAGCAGAAAUGUGGUUUUUCGAGGAAACAGGGUGUUGGUACCGCGAAGUUUAAAAGGAAGAAUGUUGAAGAUAUUACAUACGGGGCACCCAGGUAUAAGCAGAAUGAUUAGCAAGGCUGACUUGGGCAUGUUUUGGAUUGGCAUCAAUCAGGAUAUAAGAAGGUUUGUACAAUCCUGUGAAACCUGUCUGAAGUACAGGCCCAGCAAUGUCAGGUCAGAAUUGAAGAGUAAGGAGAUUCCGUUACUACCGUGGAUGGAGGUGGCGUGUGAUGUUUUUGAACUCAGAAGCAAGAAUUAUUUGGUACUGGUUGAUGCACUGAGCAAUUUUAUUGAGGUGAUUACAUUAUCAAGUUUAACCAGUGAAGCGGUUAUAGCUGCUAUUAAGUCAGUUUUUGCAAGGUAUGGAAUUCCACAGAUUCUCUACACUGAUGGAGCAUUAUAUUUUGACUCCGAAAAGUUUAAGAAAUUUACUAGAGAAUGGACCUUCAAACAUGUUAAGUCGAGUCCGCAUUAUCCACGAUCAAAUGGUCUAGCGGAGAGCGCAGUCAAGUCAACAAAGAUGCUGUUUAAGAAGGCAUUGGAUGCAGGAGAAGAUAUCUUUCUGGCAUUGCUAAAUUUUAGGAAUACACCAAGAGGUAAGGUGCACUCACCAGCGUCUAAUCUGAUGUCACGAAAUCUCAGAACAAAUAUCCCGUGCACAUUUGAGUACCUGAAACCAAGGAUAACAUGUGUCCAAGACAGACAGAUCCUCAUUCAGUUGAGAGAGCAAUCAAAGGUGUACUAUGAUCGACAGGCAAGAAAAAGGCAUGAGCUAACAGCAGGGAGAGAAGUGAUGUUCAAGAAGCUACCGCAGGCAGAAUGGAUCCCAGGGACGAUUGUUGAGAAAGCGGAUACACCGCGCUCAUAUAUAGUCAAGGAAGAGAAUGGAAAGAAAUUUGUCAGAAAUGAGUUUCAUUUGAUGCCGAGAGGAGUAAGAGAAGAAGGACAACAGAAUAAAAUGGAAGAAAUAAAGGAGGAGGCCAGUCAAAUAGAAAUGUCGGGACAAAAAGAAAUAGUACAAAGGCCAAAGAGGGAGAUAGGCUUGCCAGUUCGGUAUCGAGAGGACAAUUAA